AUGGUUGAAACUGUUAAUGAGACUGAAUGUACAAUUGAUAAAAAUGUAAUUAGCAAAACUGUAUAUAAGACUAGUAUUAUAAUAUUGGAAACUGUUAAUGAGACUGAAAAUAAUAUGAAUGAAACUGAUUUAUAUGAUGUAGAAACUGGUAAAAAUCUGGAAAACUUAAAUGCCUAA